AUCACAGCACCGUUCAAAAACCACUAUAUAAUCUUCACCCUUCUCUUCUCUCUCUCCAUCUAUCUUUCACACCACUCGUGGUUAUCUCACAAAUCGUUCAUUCACACUCUGCAAAAAAAGAGAGUGGGAUCCAAAUUUUUCUUGGUACUUGCAUUUCUCUGCAAACACUGAGAUCGCGAAAAUGGAGUUGUUCUUCUACGCUGUGUUCGGUGGAUUAGCCGCUCUUGUUGCAGUUCUUGAGCUUAGCAAAAACAAUAAGGAUCGAAUCAAUACUUCUUCUGCUUUCAAUUCCUUCAAAAACAAUUACCUCCUCAUUUAUUCUCUCAUGAUGGCUGGUGAUUGGUUGCAAGGUCCAUAUGUCUACUACCUUUAUAGUACAUAUGGAUAUGGAAAGGGGGAUAUUGGACAACUCUUCAUUGCUGGCUUUGGGUCUUCAAUGUUGUUUGGAACAAUUGUGGGAUCUCUGGCUGACAAACAGGGACGGAAGAGGGCUUGUGUGACCUACUGCUUAACCUACAUUGCGAGCUGCAUCACCAAACAUUCUCCUCAGUACAGAAUUUUGAUGGUGGGCCGUAUCUUGGGAGGCAUUGCCACUUCACUUCUAUUUUCAGCAUUUGAAUCGUGGCUUGUUGCUGAGCAUUUCAAGAGGGGCUUUGAUCAGCAAUGGCUGUCAUUAACAUUCUCGAAGGCCAUAUUUCUUGGAAAUGGUCUUGUCGCCAUUUUUUCUGGGCUGUUCGGAAAUGUCCUUGUUGAUACAUUGGCUCUUGGACCAGUAGCCCCCUUUGAUGCUGCUGCAGGUUUUCUUACAAUUGGUAUGAUCGUCAUAUUAUCUACAUGGACAGAAAAUUACGGGGAUGCUUCUGAAAACAAGAGCUUGCUCGCCCAAUUCAAGGGUGCUGCUGUGGCCAUUGCUUCUGAUGAAAAAAUAGCCUUGCUUGGUGCCAUACAGUCUCUCUUUGAAGGUUCAAUGUAUACCUUUGUGUUCCUAUGGACUCCUGCAUUGAGUCCAAAUGAUGAGGAGAUUCCCCAUGGUUUUAUUUUUGCAACAUUCAUGUUAUCGUCAAUGUUGGGAAGCUCACUUGCAUCUAAGUUGAUGGCUCGUUCAUCAUUCCGUGUAGAGAGCUACAUGCAGAUUGUUUUUGUUGUUUCUUCUGCUUCUCUAAUGCUUCCCAUCCUUACCACCUUUUUCGCAGUUCCUUCCAAAGCAACAGGUGGCGGUCUCUCAUUCGCCGGGUGCAUUCAGCUUCUCGGCUUCUGUACUUUUGAAAGUUGUGUUGGCAUAUUCUGGCCAUCUAUUAUGAAGAUGAGAUCCCAAUACAUUCCUGAAGAAGCCAGGAGCACCAUCAUGAACUUUUUCCGCAUUCCUCUGAACAUAUUUGUGUGUGUUGUGCUGUACAAUGUUGAUGCAUUCCCUAUCACUGUUAUGUUUGGAAUGUGCUCAAUUUUCCUCUUCAUGGCUAGUAUCUUACAAAGGCGACUACUGGUGAUUGCAGAUAAGCCAAAAUCAGAAGACUGGCAAUUGAAGGAAAGGGACACCGAGUCAGAGCCAUUGAACCUGUAAUUGGUCAUUAAGUUUUGAGGUUACAUAAUGCAGUUUCUGUCUAAACUGUGUACUACAGAAAUUUGAGUGAAGGUAAAUCUGAUGCCCACCAACCAAGGAAAGGGGUUCAAGCUAAAAGGAUGAUGUAGCAAUUUCUUUUUAGUGUUUUUGAUUAUCAAUACUGUAGUACGUAGAUUUCUAUUGGCUAUUAUUACUUGAGGAGAAAUCUCCAUUUUGGCAGUAGUUCUUAUGUCAUUCUUUUGGGGGCGGGCGGUAUCUAAGUUUGUCCUGUAGGGAAUAGUAUAUUUACCCUACUUUCAUUGUCUUAAUUUGUAAUGAAACUACUCUACAUUUGAUUAAUUAAUGCACCCUCUACUAAGUCUUCAUUUA